AAAAGCUUAGGAGUCAGGAGAGGAAGAUGACAUAUGUCUAUGCGUCAGCUUUAGUGAGUUAAAAGAUGCCUCAUCUUCUUCUCUUGUUUCAUUAUUUCAUACAGAGAGAGAGAGAGAGAGCGAGAGAGAGUGAAAGAAAUGGCAGGUUUGUUUGACAAACAAGCAGAUGUGUACUUGGAUGGAAGGCCAACUUAUCCCAAGGAAUGGUAUUCCAAGUUAGCAGCUCUCACCCCUCACCACACUCUAGCCUGGGAUGUUGGAACAGGCAAUGGCCAAGCCGCCAUAAGUGUUGCUCAGCACUAUGAACAAGUGAUCGGAACCGAUGUGAGUGAAUCCCAGCUGCAGCAUGGAAUACCGCAUCCUCGGGUUCGAUAUGCCCACACGCCAUUGAACAUUACAGACGAGGAAGUAAUAGCCUUGGUAGGUGGUGAAGAUUCAGUUGACUUGGUGACUGUGGCUACAGCUGUGCACUGGUUCGACCUACCAAAGUUUUACAAUCUUGUUUCACGUCUUUUGAAAAAGCCAGGAGGUGUAUUGGCUGUUUGGACCUACGGCGGUGGCAUUGAAGUAAGUCCAACAUUUGAUCCUGUUAUGAAGCGAUUUCAUGACACAACACUUCCCUUUUGCGACAAUAGAGCUCAGUAUGCGUUUGAUGGCUAUAAGACACUUCCAUUUCCUUUUGAAAGUGUCGCGGGUUUCGGAUGCGAGGGGAACCCGUUGCCACUGGACAUUCCGGCAAAGCUGUCAUUUGAAGGGUUUUUGAAGUUUCUGAGGUCAUGGUCUGCAUUCACUACAGCCAAGGACCAAGGUGUGGAUUUGUUACCUGAAAAGGUGGUUAAAGAGUUUGAAGCUGCUUGGGGUGAUUCUAAAUUGGUCAGGUCUGUCAGCUACAAGGCUUUUAUGCUUGCUGGAAAAGUUAAGCUGUGAAGCCUGUGAUAUUAUUAUUACGCAUAUUGAAUUUGAAACAGAGAGUGGGAAAGUGGGGAUUGAUAAGGGUACGUAGGAGUUGCUUAAAUAAAACAUGUAGUUUGAUUUUCUGUUGAGUUUCCGACUUCAUUGCAACAAAUAAAAAUAUCGCACCCUCAAGAAUAUC